AUGCAUAAGAAGGGAAAAAAGAAAAACCCAAUUGACAAGGCUCAAGUUGGUAGCAAGAGGAGGAAAAAAAAAACUGAGAAUAGCGUGGAGGACGCGAAAGAAGUUGAUGAAGUGAGAGAAGAUGACGAAAUGAGAGAUGGCCAAGUGAGAGAUGACCAAGUGAGAGAUGACCAAGUGAGAGAUGACCAAGUGAGAGAUGACCAAAUGAGAGAUGACCAAAUGAGAGAUGACCAAACGAGUGAAACACGAGGGAGAGAAACGGUCGAAGCCAAGGGAAGAAGCAGAGUAUGUCCAUAUUUACGUACCAUUAACAGAAAUUUGCUGGAUUUCGAUUUCGAAAAAUUGUGCAGCAUCAGCUUGUCAAAUUUGCACGUAUAUGCAUGCCUAGUAUGCGGGGUAUACUUUCAAGGUAUAGGGAAAGGGACAUAUGCAUAUACACAUGCAUUAGAAAAAAAUCAUUAUGUGUUCAUCAAUUUGGAAACAUGUAAAACAUGCUGUGUUCCAGAGAAUUAUGAAAUUGAAGAUGCAUCAUUGAAUGAUAUAAAAUAUUUUUUGAAACCUGUGUAUAGUAGAGAACAAGUAGAAUAUAUAUGUCAGAAUUCAAUAUUGGGAAAGUCAUUGGAUGGUGCAGAUUUUUUCCCCGGAUUUGUAGGAUUAAAUAAUUUAAAAAAUACAGACUACUGUAAUGUAAUUAUUCAACUUGUAUGUAAUAUUAUCCCGUUAAGAAAUUUUUUUUUAUUAUUUGACAGUAGGAAAUACAUGGCCAAAAAUAUCAUUUCAUCUUUAUCUGAAUUAAUUAAAAAAAUCUACAACCCCAGAAAUUUUAAAGGCGUUGUUUCACCUCACGAAUUUUUACAAACAGUAGGUAUUGAGUCAAAAAAAAAGUUCAAAAUUGGUUCCAAAAAUGACCCAUUGGAUUUUUUUUUAUGGCUACUGUGUAAAAUUCAUAGAUAUGAGGAGAGGGUGUUAAGGAGGCAGAAAACUAUUAAUGUAGGCAAAAGGGAAAAAACAGGAGAAAAUAGAGAAUCCGAAAAAAUCGAAAAGAGAAUGGAGGAGGAGGAGGACGACCGACCGGAUGGGCAAAAUAAAGGACAGAAACAAAGAAAGAGAAAUGAGCAGGGUGAGAAAGAUAAAAAAAAGAUACAACCGAGUUAUGAACAUUCCCAAUUUAACGUAAUCUUGUCAUCAUCAAACGAGACAGACAUGUCCGAGGAUGGUGAUACAGACAUGCAAUUGAGAACAACAAGGAAGAAAGAGAAUAAGAAGAAUAAGAAGAUGAAAAAGAAAAAGAAAAAAGGAAAAAAAAAAAGAUGGAUGUACGAUGAGGUAAAUAUAAUUGACUACUGCUUUGAUGGGGAAUUAAUUAUCAAAACCAAAAAAAAAAAAAAAAAAAACACGGAAGAAGAUGAAAAUAUGAACAUGACAAAUGUUCAUAAUACAAAAAAGUCAGACGGAAAUGAAAUGUAUGAUGAACCUAAUGCACAUGAAGAAGACAAUUUUUCUCACAAAUUAGAUAAUGAAAAGGAGGAGGGAAGGGGUGAUGAGGAUGAGGAGGCGGAUAACGUGAGUGACGAGGACAAUGAGGACGAUGUGGAUAUUGCGAAUGGUGGAAAAUUGAGAGAAACGAAAAAUUAUAUAAUAGAAAAAAUUCCAUUUCGAACGCUUUCUUUGAAAUUGCCUAAUCCACCAAUUUUUAAAAGCACAACAGAAAGUAACAUAAUACCGCAGGUGUCUAUUUUUGAAUUGUUGACUAAAUUCAAUGGAGAAACUGAAUCCUUUUUGAAUGAAAAAUCUGAACCAAGUACUUUAAUCAUUUCCAAAUUGCCAAAGUAUUUAAUCUUUACUAUUAAGAGAUUUUCAAAGAAUAAUUUUUUUGUAGAAAAAAAUGGAACCAUUGUUAAUUUUGUCAUUAAAAAUUUAGAUAUGAAAGAUUAUAUUCAUGAAAAUUAUCUUGAACAAAAUCCCGUAACAAAAUAUAAUUUAAUUGCAAACAUUUUUCACAAUGGUUCCGUCAAUACAGGUACUUACAAAAUUCACGUUCUCAAUCAGGCAUCAAAUGAAUGGUAUGAAAUUGAGGACUUACACGUGAUUACCGUUUUACCCCAACUUGUUCUUCUUCCCGAAUCUUGUGUGCAGUUGUAUCAGCGUCAGGAUGUGCAACUGAAUGGGGAGAUCAUCUGA